GCUACACAACCGCAAAGCAGAGCUCAGUGUGUCAGCCAAAUACAGCUGAAAGGUGGCCAAAGCCUUGCUGGAAAGUCUUGCUUACUGCAUGGCAGUGAAGGCCCCAGGAAGGCACAUUCUGUGCAGACGGGUUGGAUGCGGGAAGGACUUUUGAAUGGUUGCAAACAGAGAGACUUUUGCAAGCCUGCAAACAUGGAGCAUUCACAAGUUUGGGAUUAUGAGUUUGCAUUUGGAAGCAGAUGAAGUCUUCGGAUAUUGACCAAGACCUGUUCACAGAAAGUUACUGCAAAGUCUGCAGCGCUCAGCUAAUAUCGGAGUCUCAGCGCGUGGCGCAUUACGAGAGUCGGAAACAUGCAAGCAAAGUCCGGCUUUACUACAUGCUCCAUCCGAUAGACGGAGGCUGUCCUGCAAAGAAGCUGCGGUCAGAAAAUGGCAGCGACGACGACCCGGUGGAUAAGAACAAAUGCUGUACGCUCUGCAAUAUGUCCUUUACGUCGGCCGUCGUGGCUGAGUCACACUAUCAAGGGAAAAUUCACGCCAAAAGAUUAAAACUGUUGCUUGGGGAGCAGCCAUCUUUAAAGACCACAGAGACCAACCUGAGUUCCCUAAAGCAGCCCCACGUGGACAGCUCUCCCAUGGUGUCUCCCCCCCAUCAGAGAAGAGACUCCGACAGGUACUGCCAGCUCUGUGCAGCAUGGUUUAACAAUCCAAUGAUGGCACAACAACACUAUGACGGCAAAAAACACAAAAAGAACGCAGCCCGGGCUGAUUUACUAGAGCAACUAGGGAAGACGCUGGACCUAGGAGAGUUAAGAGGUCUGAAGCGGAGCUAUACUUGUAACAUCUGCAGCGUCACUCUAAACUCAAUAGAACAGUAUCAUGCACAUCUGAAGGGCUCCAAACAUCAGACCAACCUGAAGAACCAGUAGAAGGUUAAUGCGGGAGGCAGCGAAACCGAACCACUACUAUUUCUUCGACAAAGGAGAGUCCUUUGCCUACGACUCGGAUGCUUUCUUGGACACUGAGCACUCCCUGCGUGGCGUCAUUAAUGUAUAGCUAAUCUUUGCUUUGGACAAUGAAUGGAUAUUACUUUUAUUUUUGAUUUUGUGGUGAGUAACAACAAGAUUCAGAUGGAUUUUUUUACCCUUUGGAGAGAGAGUCUAUAUAUUCGACAUGAAAUCAAAGAGUAUCUUUAAGAGAGAGAGAGAGAGAGAAAAGUGAGAUAUAUCAGCCGUCUUCGGAGACCAUUGGAAUAAAAUAUUUUUCUUUCUUUCUUUUUUUUCAUAUUUAUUCUUAGAUUUCUUCAGAGAGUAUAAGAUCCUAUUAAAUUAUCCAUGAUUGUGAUGUACGUAACCAGUCUUCAGCAAGAAAUAAACAUGAUAUCUUCA